AUGAUUUCAUUUUCAAGAAAUAUGCAUUCCCAAUUGGUUAUUGUUCUUCUCGUUGGUCUUGCUGCAUCGUCAUAUGCUCUUGAUCUUUCCCACGCUGACAAACGUUCACCUAUUGAUGAACCACGUCUCUUUAGCUUUCUUACCGACUUCUACGCCACAGUUGUUUAUCCACCACUCAACCACGUCGUCACUAACUUAGCUCUUUUGGGUGCUCAAGUUUUAGCCGGUAUCUCUGAAAACGGUAUUCCAGCUCCUGGUGGUCGCACAUUACACCUAUCUGACGCUCAACUUCGUGGUUUCUUUGAUGACUUAUGGAACAAUGCUCUCCGACCACAACUCGAAAGCACCCUUUCAAGCGUUUCACUUAUGGCUGCUCAAGUUCUCGCUGGUUUAGGAACCAAUGGUGUCAAUCUCGGUAAACGCGAUUUAACUGAAGCUGAAAUGCGCGGUUUCCUCGAUUCCCUCACUGAUGCUUUCAGCAAUGUUUUCACCAACGUCCUCCAAAAACCAUUAGAAAACGCUCUUUCAAGUGGUGCCUUAAUGUUAGCUCAAGUUCUCGCUGGUAUGGGUACCAAUGGUGUCAAUCUCGGCAAACGCGAUUUAACUGAAGCUGAAAUGCGCGGUUUCCUCGAUUCCCUCACUGAUGCUUUCAGCAAUGUUUUCACCAACGUCCUCCAAAAACCAUUAGAAAACGCUCUUUCAAGCGGUGCUUUAAUGUUAGCUCAAGUUCUCGCUGGUAUGGGUACCAAUGGUGUCAGCCUUGGCAAACGCGAUUUAAGCGAACUCGCUGGUCGUGCUGAUGAACUCCGUGGCUUCUUCGACAGUUUAGGUCAAGGUCUCUUGAACGGUUUACAAUCAGUUUGGACAAAUGUUCUUCAAAAUCCCCUUGAACAAGCUCUUCAAAGUAGCGCUCUCAUGGCUGCUCAAGUUCUCGCUGGUUUAGGUACCAAUGGUGUCAACCUUGGCAAACGUGAAGCUCGCGGUGUCUUCAGUGAUCUUUUUGCUCAUGCUACCAACCUCGUUCAAACUCAAGUUAAACCAAUUGUUGAAAAUGCUCUUAGCAACACUGCUAUCCAUCUUGCCGGUGUUUUAGCUAACUUCUCGCAAAACGGAAUCGGUCGUCGUUAA